AGAAGGCGUGUCGUGGGGGGGGGUGUAAGUUGUACAAACACAAAGCCAAACCGGGAGUAAUGACCGUGUACUUAGUCUCGCAAAUAUAGUGAGAGGGAUGUCCCCGGAGGUCGAGCCCCUCGCUCCCCCGGUCGGGUUGAGCUCCGCCGGGGAGGAUCUGACUUUGAGUCGCGGUGAUCUUGACAGCAACCAUGAGGCAGCGAGGACUGCGAGCCGGCGUCUCCAGGCGGAAGCAGAGCCCCAGACCAGCUGUUCUGAUGGAAAGACUUCCUUCCUGAAACUACUGAUUGAAGCAGAAGCAGCUGCUAAUUCUGCAGCAGUACAGCUGGUUUCCUUCAGACACGCAGAGGAAGACGGAUUUGUGGGUCCAGAAUCUUCCACCAGGCGCCGAAUGGCGAGACAGAGAGGACUUCUGCUGGAGAAGCUGGAAGAUUUCAGACAAAUGAACAAGUCGCUGCGACAAAAGCUGAAGCGUCUGCAAGCCACUGAGGCUCACAGAAUUGAUGCAGAACAGCAGAUGGACAAUUUGACGAAGAAGAUGACUCAGGCUGAAAGUGACAAUGAGCGCUUGAAGAAAGAUCUGAGCGAGAUGGAGAAGAGGGUGGAGGAACUGAUGAGUCUGCGGAGGGAGAAGCAGGAGGAAAUAAAAAGUGUGGUCCAGGUCACAAAGUCUGCAGAUGCAGCUCAAGCUCACCUGCAGGCGCAGCUGCGCGCCAAGGAAGCCGAAAACCGCCGUCUGACCUCGCAGCUGCAGAUUUUGGAGAGAACCGUAGUAGAACAGAAGCUGUUGAUAAAUGACCUGAGAGCUUCCAUCAACUCGCUCGGUGAGAAAGCAUCAAAGGACAGAGAAUAUCUCAAGAAGGCGACACGAGCCCAGAAACGGAGAGCUGAGAGGUUCGAAGCAGCCGUCGAGAAAUGCUACGCACAACUCAAGGAAAAGGAGGAGCAGCUGGCCAAAGCUCGGACGGAGAGAGACUCCAGGCGACAGCAGAAGGAGAAGACGACCAAUGAGAAAGACAAGCUGCUAGCUCACGUCGACUUGCUGAAAAGUGAAAUUGCAGACCUGACAGUGAGGUUACAGAAAGCAAAAAACGACCAAAACGCCGCCAAUGAAACCGCGAAGCGAAAAGCCGACAAAGUCACGGCCGACAACAACGACCUCCUCGCCAGUAAUGCCGCACUCAAGGCAUGUGUGGCUCGGCUGGAGCAGCAGCUCGCUGAUUGUGAAGCUGCCCUAGUGGAGGAAAAGGCCGUCUGUCAAGAGAAGAAGCUGGAGGCUGAGCAGUGCCAGCAUCAGGCUGCAGAACUUCAAGCUGAACUUGAAAAUCUCCGAUUGCGAUAUGCAAAUCUUUUAAGGGAGACCCACAAAACAAAGCAUGGAACAGAGGCAGAAGUUGAAAAGGUGAGGCAGGAGCUGCAGGGCCGUGUGGAGGAGCUGAAGGCUUUCCCUGAACUGCUGGCUUCGUCCGAGCAGAGUCUCCUGGAGUGUCAGGAGAGCCUGCUGCACCUGGAGAAGAACUGCUCUGACAAGUCCCAGUUCGUUCAGAAACUUCACGUGAAGAUGGAGAGUCAAGCGAAGCAGCUGAGGUCGUCUGCAGAGAUGACAGAGUCCGUUCUUCUCACCAAUUCCCACCUGCAAGAGAAAGGACAGGCUUUGCAGAAACAGAUGGACAGACUCCAGCAAGAGAACCUGGAGCUGGUACGAAGGCUGGCGUAUCAGGAAGAAGCUCUGAGUUACAGCAAAGGCCAGCUGGACCAACGCUCGUCAGAGUGUCAGACUUUGAACCGGCAGCUGGAGGCGGCUCUGUCAGACGUGAGGCAGCAGGUGAACGCGGUAAAAACUCUGGCUGCUUCUCGAGAGGAGGCCCUUCAGACUAAAAUCCUGGAACUGGAAGCGGAGAAGAGCAGAAGGGACAACGAGCUGAGGCUUCUUCAUCAGAGCAAGCUAGCUUCAGAGAGACAGUUUCAGGUGCGUCUGAAGGACCUGCAGCUCAGCCUGGACCAAUCAGAGAGCCACAAACGCAGCAUCCAGAACUACGUGGACUUCCUGAAGAACUCCUACAAGACCAUGUUUGAUGAAGGGCUGCAGGCAACCACUUUUGGAUCCCUGCACUUUUUAGACUGAUAAAGGUUUGCAUUUUUGAAUCCCAGACACAUUUUAUGCCCUAUAUGAUAUGAAAUCAGAAGCCAGGUUUAACCUGUGGGGAUGUCAUCUUUGGACAUAAACUGCUGUCAUAGAAAAUUUGAUUUCUGUUUUAUUAAAACGUUUUAUUGCCGAUAAAUGUUUGCAGUUUUGGCAAACUUGGUGCUAUUGUUGUUUUUUUUCUUGAGCCAUUUGCACAAAUGUAAACCUUUACCAAGAACAGAUUUCUAAUUUAUUAUUAUUUUCUUUUUCUAAAAAUUAGUAAAAAUAAUUUAGAAUUCUGUGACAUGUCUUAUUAUUACUGAACGGAUCGUUUUUUUUUGUUUUUUUUUAUGUUUAGGAUGUUGUUUUUUUUUAUGGGUAAAAGGUAAACUUGUUUUGUCAAACUUUACACACAUUUUCAAUCAUUUCCUCGAUAAGGUGUAAACUCUUUUACUGGGAAGUACUAACUCUGAUUUAAACGUAAAUGUGAAGUCGACAGAAAUGACAUUUGUUCAACGGAACCAAAAAAGCACGUAGAGAUGAUCCUGCAAAGGUUCAAACAGGAAUAAAACUGGAAUUAUGGAUUCCUGAAGGGACUGAUGAACGCAAAUGUUCAUCAAACAGGAUGGAUUUACAUCAAUAUGUGAUGCAGGACUACAGCACCUAUUCUAUCAGACAAUGCUUAAUGUAAAACAUUUACAGUUUACCUGCAGAAAACACUGAUAAACCUUAAACAUUUCACAUUUGAAAAAACUACUCAUCAUUUUCUAGUUAAAGUACUUUAAGAUUUAAAAAAAAAAAGUUCAAUCUGAAUUGUUUUUCUCUCCUGGCUCCAGCUCAGAGGCCUCACAAGAAUAAAAGCCAUGAAUAACCACGCAUCAGCUUUUUGAGUCUUUGUGUUUUAGAGGAUUGUCUGACUUUUGACCAGCGGCGCGUUUUGAACAUUCCAGUCGUAAACUCUGUCGUCGUGAUCAUACAGGAGGUUCAGCGUGUGCCAGAUGCUUGGGCGUCUUCUCAUUCUCAGCUGGAUUGAUGGAAAGUUAAACGUUUAGUUGAUAUUCAGUCCUUCAGGCUGCAAUCAAAUGUUUGUAAAGAACCUCUGUUGUUCAAAUGUAUUCAUGCUGGUAAAGUUGAGGAGUUUUUCUGUGUCUUGUGUUUUUUGAAAUAAACGCAGAGCAGCACUGCAGUGAUUUUUCUUGUUUUGUAUUUUUGCUGCAUUCUUCAGAGCGUGAAAUGAUAUUAUGCUUUAAUGUGUGUCAGAACCCCAUUUUUACCUUCCUCUCAGGUUCUGUUGACCACUAAGGAAGCUUGAAUGUAUUGACAAUGUGGAGUUUAUUGUAAUAUAGUUAGAAGCUUUAAAAGAAAAAAAUAAUUUUUCUUAGUUCUUUUAAUAAAUUCAACAUUUUUGCACCAGAA